AUGUUCCUUAUUAUUCAUUCUUUGGUUACUUCUGUUGUUCUAACAGCUUUGGGACCCCAGAACAGAACAAUGUAUUUCGUGACUCAGUUUGUCCUCCUGGGUUUCCAUGGUCAAAGGGAGAGGCAGAGCUGCUACUUCUCAUUCAUCCUUGUUCUCUAUCUCCUGACACUGCUAGGGAAUGGAGCGACUGUCUGUGCGGUGAAAUGGGACAGGCGGCUCCACACACUCAUGUACCUCCUCUUCGGAAACUUUGCCUUUCUAGAGAUCUGGUACAUUUCCUCCACUGUUCCAAACAUGCUAGUCAAUAUCCUCUCUGAGACUAAAACCAUCUCCUUCUCUGGCUGCUUCCUGCAAUUCUAUUUCUUUUUUUCUUUGGGUACAACAGAGUGUUACUUCUUGUCACUUAUGGCUUAUGAUCAGUACCUGGCCAUCUGUCGCCCAUUACACUACCUCUCCAUCAUGACUAGGAAGUUCUGUGUGAUUCUGGUCUGUGUAUGCUGGGUAGGCGGAUUUCUCUGCCAUCCAAUCCCCAUUGUUCUGAUCUCCCAACUUCCCUUCUGUGGGCCCAACAUCAUUGACCAUUUUGUGUGUGACGCAGGCCCAUUGUUUGCACUGGCCUGCAUCUCUGCUCCUUCCACUGAGCUUAUCUGUUACACCUUCAACUCGAUGAUUAUCUUUGGGCCCUUCAUCUUGGGGUCUUACCCUCUGGUCAUCAAAGCUGUGCUUCCUAUUUCCUCUGCUGCUGGUCGAACUAAAGCUUUCUCCACAUGUGGGUCCCACCUAAUGGUGGUGUCUCUAUUCUAUGGAACCCUUAUGGUGAUGUAUGUGAGCCCAACAUCAGGGAAUUCAGCAGGAAUGCAGCAGACCAUCACUCUGGUAUACUCAGCAAUGAUUCCACUCUUAAACCCUCUUAUCUACAGUCUCCAGAUCAAAGACAUGAAAGAUACUCUGAAGAGAGUCCUGAGGUUAACAGUAAGCCAAAACGGAGAUAUCUUUGAAAAAGAAAGAAGAAAACCUUUCAAAGCCUUCACUGAACAGAUUGGCUUAUUUUUUUCUCCUAGUGAUACACUGUACAAGUCUUGCACUUCAUGA